AUGCUAUCCCGGCGACUCCUCGCUGUUCGUGGAUGGAGACGAGCCUAUUCGUCCCAAGGGAAGCCCUCGGAAUGCCCACAUCCCAGUUCAUGUCCUAUGGACCAGCCACAGGAGCAGAAUCAGGUCCAAGUUGCGUGCUCAAAGUGCUUCCUUCUUGCCCAAGUUCCGUCCAGUCUGAAUCAUUUUCACUUGUUCAGUCUCUAUGAGACUUUCGAUGUGGAGCAGAAGGUGCUGUCCUCGAAAUUCAAGGCUCUUCAGAACGUGCUUCAUCCGGAUCGGUUCGCGGGUAAAUCCGAGGAUCAAGCCAUACUCGCCGAUUCGUGGUCCUCCGCCGUGAAUGAUGCCUAUCAAAAUUUAUCCAAGCCUUUAACACGGGCAUUAUAUCUACUUGAGUGCAAAGGACAGCCAGUGCAAGAAGGGGAUGCCCAAGUUAUGGACAACGAGUUUCUCAUGCACAUCAUGGAGGUCAAUGAAGAGCUCGAUGAGGUGGAUAGUCCCGAGGAGUUGGCUAAAUUGGCCAAGACUAAUCUGGAUGUCCUGCAGGAUUACUUUGAGCGAAUUAGUCAUGCCUUUCAAACGGACAAAGUGGAGCAAGCCCGAGAACUAGUCAAAGAAAUGACGUAUUUCUGUAACAUCCACGAAAAAGUGAAGGCCAUAGAAACCAAGCUCGGACUAAGGAAUUAGAUGAAAGGAAAUAAAGAGUCUCAUACCAAGUCAUAAACCAAAUGAUCCUCAAACAACUUCAAUAGACUGAGUAAUUCAUUCUAG